AUGAGCCCGCUAGUAGACUCUAUUAUCGAUCACGUGAUGAAAACUGGUGCGUGGUCCCAACCAGAAAUACGGGACGAACUUACCACUACUUUUGUUGGAUUAAACGAUACAAUAGGAGGACUUCUAUGCUUCGUCACAUUGAUGCUUGCGAUUCAUCCUGAUGUUCAAGCAAAAGCGCGAGCUGAAGUUAAAGAGAUAGUAGGUGACGAGGAAGUAACCACGGAGGCGAUUCCCAAAUUAAAUUACAUUGAUAUGAUAGUUCGAGAGACCAUAAGAUUGUUCCCUGUGGGUCCUCUCCUUCCUCGAGUAACCACAGAACCGAUAGAGCUCACGACCUGCACCGUUCCGGAGGGAUGUUCCCUGUACAUGGUGCCGUUCGCCACUCACAGAGAUCCCCGCUACUGGGAGAAGCCCGAGGAGUUCAUCCCUGAAAGAUUUUCCCCAGAGAACUCAAAGAAUCGUCACCCAUUCGCCUUUCUACCCUUCAGCAGCGGUUUCAGGAGCUGUCCGGGCUCGAAAUACGGCAUGAUGAGUCUCAAAGUACUCGUUGCGUAUAUUGUUCGAUCAUUUUAUCUGGAGUCAAGCAUGAAACUUGAUAAAAUUCAAUUGCAUACGCAUAUAUCCACCAGGAGCUCCGAUGGAUAUAAAUUAUCUAUUCGAAAAAUUUAA